AUGGUGCGAAGUGAGAACGUAAUGAUCCCAGCUUCAGGAGUCGACCUCCGCAUAUCAGCAACAUAUCUGAUUCCCGAGAAUGCACAUCCAAAGCCACCUCUUAUUAUCAUGGGCCUUGGUAUUGGAGCUGUCAAAGCUGCAGGACCACUUCCAUUUGCUGAGAGAUUUGUUGCUGCUGGCUACGCCACUUUGAGGUUCGAUUACCUCUUCUUCGGCGAGAGUGAAGGCAAACCAGCAAACCUCAUGUCGAUUCCGCGCGAGCUGCAGGAUUUCCUGGACGUGGUAGCCUGGGCUCGUCAGCAAGACAAUCAAUGGGACGUAAACCGUCUUAUUGUCUGGGGAACGAGUUUCGGUGGCAUGCACAUCACCGCGUUGAUGGCCGAGGACCACGGCCUUGCUGCUGGAAUCAUGCAGUGUCCCUGUGUGGAUGGUCUUGCGGCAGUCAUGAAGGUGUCUUUGUGGAGGACUCUCCGAAUGCUACCGUUUAUAUUGGGUGACUAG